CUUCCUGCCAAACCGUCCGACCGGUGACGGUCUGUGUGCAACCGCCACCCCGCUUCAUCCUCCCCAUCUUUCAGCAAGCUUUAUCGCUGUCCCAGCCUCUUUAUUUUUCUUGCUCCGAGCGUUCUAGCUCUCUUUUUCUCCGUUUUCCCUAGAAUAUCUGCUGUGGACAGGUCACUGCUCCCACCGCUUCUAUUGAUAGUCGGCAGGAUCCAAACAAUCCACCGUCAACAUGGGGAGCUUCACGUUUCGAUGGCCGUACAAUGCGAACGAAGUGUUUGUCACCGGGACGUUUGAUGACUGGGGGAAGACUGUUCAGCUGGACCGGAUAGGCGAUGGGUUCGAGAAGGAAGUUCCGCUACCAACUACUGAUGAGAAGGUGCACUACAAGUUCGUCGUUGACGGCAUCUGGACCACUGAUAGCGGAGCCCCCGAGGAAGACGACGGCAGUAACAACAUCAACAACGUUCUCUAUCCUGACCAGAUUAAGGAAGAAUCAACAAGCCCUCUACUGAACGGCACUACAGCUAUGGCCGGCGUCACGCCAGACUCGACUACUGUUGCAUUGGCAGCCGGAGUCCCUAAAGAAUCCAGCAGCAGAUAUGGUCAGAACGGAUACUAUCCCACCAUCUCGUCGGCCGCUCCAGGGUCAACGACCGCAGGACUGGGCCAGGAUGUGCCACUAGAGCAGAGGGCCAGUGUCCCGGGCUCCUAUCCAGCUACCCCGGCCAGCGAGACCGAGAAAUUCUCCGUCAACCCAAUCCCGGCCUCCAGUGGCAUCGGCAACCCGAUCAAGCUUAACCCUGGGGAGAAGGUGCCCGAUGCUAGCACGUUCGGCCAAAAUACAAUUCACUCGACUGCGCGGACCGACAAGGCUGGCUAUGAACAGGGAGCCGGUGCCUUUCCAGGAAGCUCCAACUUCGAUGAAAGCGCUUUUGCGGUUCCUCCGGUCUCAAAAAAUAUGAUCCCAGAGUCCAGUCUCCCAAUGGGUGAAGGCCAGGAAGCUACGAAACCUAUCUACACGAUUCAGUCGAUCACACCCAUGUCCACUACUGCUGGACUUGCUGCUGCUGUUCCUUUGGAGUCACAGAAGCAAACAGCGAGCGGACUACCAGCUACAGAUGUUCCGGAUGUGGUACGACAGUCGCUUUCCGAAGCCCAUCGGGACCCUGAGGCAGCGACCAGCGAGGCGGCAGUCGAAGAGAAGAGGGAGAUGGAAGACGAGCUUCGACAGAAGGUUCCAGUAGACAACUCUCCUGGCACGCCAGCGCCUGCAAUCACUGCCGCUGCCCCACUGGGAUCGCAGAAACAGGCAACCGGCGUGCCCGCUAGGGAUGUCCCGGAUGUGGUAAAGCAAUCGAUCUCUGAGGGCUAUAGGGGCCCUGAGGCAGCCACUAGUGAGGCGGCAGUCGAAGAGAAGAGAGAGAUGGAAGAGGAGCUUCAACAGAAGGUUCCAGUGGAUAAUUCCCCAGGCACACCCGCACCUGCUAUCACUGCCUCUACUGCCACUGGACUUGGUGCCGGACUUGGUGCCGCUGGACUUGGCACUGCUGCUGGGGUAGGUGCCGCUGCUUCGCUGGAGUCGCAGAAACAGACAACCGACGGGUUGCCUGCUGAGGAUGUUCCAGACGUGGUGAAACAGUCGAUUUCUGAAGCCCAUGAGGACCCUAAGGCAGCCACCAAUGAAGCGGCCGUGGAAGAGAAGCGAGAGAUGGAAGAGGAGCUUCAACAGAAGGUCCCGGUGGACAAUCACGCCGGGGCGCCCGCGCCGGCUCUUACUGCUGCCACUACGGAGACGGCACCACGAGCUACUGGCGAAGCUGCGCCAGCGGGCACUGCUGGUACUGCUGGUACUGCCGGUACGGUUGGCACGGCUGUCACUACGGAUACAGUACCCCGGGCUACUGGUGAAGAACCUGCGUCGGAACAGAUAUCCCCCCGGGCCACUUCCCCCACUGAUGGACCAACGGUGACCACUGGGGUUGGAGCAUCCAAGGUUCCUGAAGUGUCUGGGCCUGCAUCUGAUCGUGGAGAUGCUUCGAAUGAUAUUUCCACUACACCCGCUGCUGGAGCGACGGGCGCCAGCGCGACCAAGACUGUCGACUCUGGAGUGGAGAGUGGGCCUACUGCGGAAGAGCCAACUGCUCCCACUGCUGGAGCGACGGGUACCAGUGCGACGAAAACGGCCGACUCGGCGGAGACUGGUACAAGCGGAGAGGCAGCCUCGACUGGAGCCACCAAUGGAGCUGCAUCGAAGACCAACACGGCCGGCAGCAACGGCAAGGAGGAGAAAAAGAAGAAGAAGGGUCUUUUCUCGCGGAUCAAGGACAAGUUGAAAUCGGUUUAAGACACGCUGCUAUGAUAAUGAUUAUGGUGUAUAAUGGGGGGAAGGAUUAAGUGCUUACUCGACUGGAUACCUGAUUGCAUGGCUCGUAUUGUUGCUACGGCUGCUUGGUUUAUUGCUGCUCCAGGAGCAUCGAUAGCUAGUAUGAUAAUGUUAAUGUUGAUUAUGAUUGCAUUGCUAGCUAAAUGGGUAUUGCGUUGCUGACGAUGCCGUUUACUUUGACGGGGUAGCCGAGGACACUGUAUGGUUAGUUGGAGAUGGACGGAUGGGAUGGAAGGCAUACUCUUUUCCAGUCUGGGUGAGACAGCAACCGCAGAAGAUGGAUGCAGGAUAGCAGAUGACCUGGUUUAUUAGUAUAUGGUAUGAACCAGAUCAGAUGGACAUACAGCUGCCACGACCGUACACACAAACCCUAUACAGUGCAUGAGUAUUGUUCCAUGGAGUAGACAG